AUGGCUUCCGAGUUUAUUGGCUACAAUGUGUCUCUGACCUUGAGAGAUCCCCCUGGCGGAAAGCUGCUUGGCCAAGUUGCCAACGUGAUCGGACAGCAGCUGCUACUUCAAAAUGUCACGCUCUGGAAUGGCCAACGCCUGCCCCACUACACCAUUGACGCCUCUGCCAUCAUCGACCUCAAUCUGGAAGGGAAUACUUCGGCCCCUUCGCAGCACCACCAUGUGCCUCCCCCUCAAGUUCAGCAUCAUGCAACAAUUCCAAUAACUCCUACCCAAGCACCCAUUGCCCAGCAACAAUUCAUGGACCCGGCCAUUCUGAGUUUCUCCAAGGCCCCUCGUAUGAAUGCCAACCAAAACGCCGAGAAUAACCCGCCUAACCUGGGGCACCAAACAGUUCCUGACGUGGUCUCGGCUUCCUUGACUGAACCAUUUAGUAGCUUGGAAUUGAACACGGAGGGUGGCAACGCUGGACUCCAAAAGCCUGUCCAGAAGCAACUGCUUCAAAGUCCCCAAGAAUUGUCACCUUUAAAGCAGACCCCAAAGCGCAAUCGCCGUGCCAACCAAGGAAACGAACGGGAAGAUCGAGUUUAUGUCAGCAAACAUGGCGCCGCAGCAAGUACCAACCCGAAAAGCAAGGGAUGGCGUCAGACUGCAUUUGUGGAGCCAGCAGGCCCUGCAUUCCAGGAUUCUCCUGAGAUGGUUACCCGGCCUGGAGCGAAACUCCGGAAGAAGAGGUCUCGCCGCUAUGCUGAGGAUCCUAGUGACUGGGCUACUGAGGAUGCGACUGACAUCCAGGAGCUUGGCGAAUUUGACUUCCAAAGCAACCUCUCCAAAUUCGAUAAGCGGACAGUGUUUGAACAGAUUCGGAAUGAUGACACCACUGCAGACGAAGCACGUCUGGUUAGCUUCAACCGCAAAAUCAAACCAGGUACAAAUGGCGGAAAAAACCUACACUGGACAGAGAACGUGCUUGAUAGUCCCCAGAAUAGUGACUCGGACGAUGACAUUGAAGGAAUAAGUGAAAUAAAGUUGAGCAAUGAUAACCUAUCUGGACGCGAGCGGUCGAGAGGAUCCUCGCACAUUCAUCCUUCUCGCAAGGACGGCGCGGUUCAGGCCCAGCCAAUGGUGCCACAGCUUAGUGCCCUUGGCCGCAGCCAACUCCAUGUUAAUAUUUCUCGCACCACGAGCCCUCGCCCAAGCCGGUCCUCAGCAUCGCCCAUGAUUGCUCCUAAUGUUUCAGGCGUUGGCUCGCUCAGACUGACAACGACGAACCGCAGCUGCCCGACUGUGAGUCCUUUGCAGACUCUAGAAAUCGAACAAAUUUCUGUGGCCGAAUUCGGCAUCGCCGAUGAAAUCAUCACUGAAAAUGCAGGCCGGGGUAUUGCGGAGGCUGCUGUGUCCCUUCUUUCUAACGAUGCUGCUGCGCCCACUAUUUUGAUCAUCACCGGUAACCACCGCACUGGAGCCCGGGCCAUUGCCGCCGCUCGCCACCUCCGCAACCGUGGCCAUCGUGUGACUAUGUGCUUGCUCGGCCUAGAGCACGAGGCUGAAUUACUGGAAAAUUGCCGCAAGCAGCUCGAUAUCUUCCGCAAGAUUGGAGGACGGGUGCUCAAAUGGGAAGAACUCUCCGCUCGACUGGCUACCGCAGACCUGGGCCCCGACCUCGUCAUUGAUGCCUUGUUCGGUAUGCAUCUGUCCUUCGACGACCUCCGCACCGACGACCAAGGUGUGGCCUUCGAAAUGAUUUCCUGGAUGAAUCGAAGCAACAUCCACGUCCUUUCUGUGGAUGUUCCGUCCGGACUCAACGCCUCAACUGGUAAGUGUGCUUUGCAGCCCAUACCUCGCAACAACACGGCUCACACGAUUAAACCCGCAGGCGAGAUGACCCUGGCCGAAGGUGGCCGACUUUGCGUCAAUGCCACCUCAGUGGUAUGCCUCGGCGCCCCCAAGACCGGUGUCCUGAAUGCUCUUCUUUCGGGCGAAAGACUGUCCUGGAACGUUUCAGUUGCCGACAUCGGCAUCCCACAGAUUGUCUGGAGGAAGUAUGGCACCCGCCGUCGACAUGGAAUCGAUUUUGGGAACAAGUGGGUGGUUCCCUUGAAGUUCCAAUCCCCGCUUCCCUAA